UGCAAACAAAUGGUAUGCUUCAAUCAGUGAAAUGCAAAAAUCCAUAUGAUGAUAUUUUUAAUUUAUUAGCCUUAAAAUAUGCUAUCCUAAAGCAAAUUUGUGUAGGGAAUUCAAAUGAGCUUACAGCAAUGAAAAAACGAACUAAUACAUCAUCAGUCAAUGAUAACACAUGUGCUCUAUUUCUUAUUUAUAUGACAUCCAUUUCACCUGUUCAAUUAUCAAAUGAAUCACAAUGGCGAUCAGAGCGAUCUGAUCGAUCCGAAUCACGAGCAUCCAGUCGAUAUGUGCCACUCGAUCAUAGUGGUACCAUACGUAACACUUUGAGCACAAUGGUGGAUAGUGUGAAUGCGACAACAGAAUUAAUCCAACGAAAACAAAAUGAAUAUGUAAUGGGAGAAAGUCAUUUCAAACAGAAAUGGAAGUAA